UUAGUAUCACUUGACUAUACUUACUUAUGUACUCUUUGAUAAAACUGACAAAGUUAAAGAAAUAGAAAUCUGGUUUAUAGGGUUUAUAAGAUGAAAAUGUAAGUAAACAACAAGUAAAACUUGCGAAAACUCUUGAAAAAUGGAUAAUGUUUGUAGAAUUUGUCUGAAAGGGGGGCUCCUCUCCUCUAUUUUUGUGGAUAAUUACUCAGUACCUUUACGAGAAAUGAUAGAAUAUUGUAGUAAUGUUAAGAUAUGUGAUAAUGAUGGUUUACCAGAGCAAAUUUGCAGCAACUGUGUGUACAAAUUAGGAGUUGCUUAUCAUUUCAAACAUUUAUGUGAAAGUUCAGAUAUUCGUUUAAGGGAAUACCAUGGAAUGCAAAUAGUCAGUAGAACUAAUGAUAUUGGCAUAAUGACAGAUUCACUGGACAGUUUUACAAAAAACUGUUCUACAUUGAAAAGAAUGGGUAAUGAUAGAGUGACUAAAUGGUCCCAUGAUGUUGCUGUUAUGACAGAUCCAUUUACACCUCGUACUACAUUAAUUAAAAAAUGCAAAUGCAAACUAAGUCAGAAAAAAAGUAGAUCAAAUUACAAUAGGAAACCAGAAUCGGAAAAAAAGAAGCGUGGUCCUAAACCAAAACCGAAGCAAAGUCACACUUGCCAAGAGUGUCAGAAAGAAUUCCGAUGCAAUGCCCAACUGGAAAUGCACAUGAGGACACACACUGGUGAACAACCAUACGUGUGUAUGUACUGCCCGCGUGGCUUUUCACAGAAACAUAACCUCACAAUACACUUACGAACACACACCGGUGAGAAGCCAUUUAAGUGCACAGUGUGCAGUAAAAAAUUCUCUGCGCAAAGUAAUCUUCAGACACAUCUUAAAAUUCACACGGGCCAAAAAGAUCAUCAAUGUUCAUUGUGUGAUAAAUCAUUUAUAACAUCUAGUGAACUGACUCGACAUAUGAGCAAACAUAAAGGUGUCAAAGACUUCAAAUGUGAUGAGUGUGAAGCUGCUUACGUGCACAGCAGAGAUCUUAAACUGCACAAAAUGAAAAAACAUGCCAACAUAUCACAAAAUUCUAUGCAGAACGAAGUUUACAAUAACAGCAAUCAUAUUGACAUAAUAGGACUUGAUGAUGGAAGAGAAAAGCAUUUAAAGAAUGACAAAGACAUCAAUAUCUACACCGGCCACACAAUCGGUGUGAAAAAUGAACCAAACCAUAGUUUCUUGGAUCUUGAAAAGGAAAUAUUUCAUACAUUCCCUAAUUAGUACUGGAAAUAAUAUAAUGUAAUACUAUAGUGCACCAAUUGGAAUAUAUGUUACUGCACCAAUCCUUACUUAUCUUACUAAUAUUAUAAAUGUGAAUGUUUAGAUGGAUAGAUGGAUGUUUGU